AUGGCGGCCAGUUUGCAAUUACAGACGUUAAUGCCAAUAUUUCUUGACGAAUUGACAAGGGAUGAUAAAACUAGAAUAGAAAUGUAUGCGGAAGAAACUGUACCUUUCUACAACCUGGAUGAUUUUCGGCGGUUCUUUCGGGUUUCUAGAGCAACAUUUGAAUGUUUAUGUAGAAAUAUUGCCAACUUUCAACAUUUAAAACCUGGAUGGACUGGAGGAAGAGAAUUUAUUUCAACAGAUAAACAUUUGUUAAUUACCCUAUGGUAUUUAGCAACCCAAGAUAGCAUUCACAGCAUAUCAGAUAGAUUCAAUGUCACCGAGUCCUCUGUUAUCAGAUGUCGCACAAGGAUCACAGACAUUUUUGUUAAUAAUCUAAAACAUGUAUUUAUCGUCCUCCCUUCAGCUAAUGAACGCCAAGACGUAAUGGACAAGUUUGAGCAAAAACAAAAUUUUCCAAAUGUAUUAGGUGCUAUAGACGGUACCCAUAUUGCCAUAAAAGCCCCUAAAAAUCAUCCCGAAACUUAUGUCAACAGAAAGGGUUUUUUCUCAAUAAUCUUGCAAGGAAUUUGCAGAGAGGACCUUAGAUUUGUUCAUUGUGUUGCUGGAUGGCCUGGAAGCUGCCAUGAUGCCAGGGUGUUGAAAAAUACAGAUAUAUGGGAAAAUGGUUUGAGAGUUUGUGGCAAUGGGCAUUUUCUUGGAGAUGGAGCUUAUCCAUUGAGAAGUUGGCUUCUUACUCCCUACCGAGACACAGGACGUCUGACACCCCAACAAAGGAAUUACAAUUAUCGUCAUUCAGGCACAAGAGUAACUAUAGAACGCGCAUUUGGGUGUCUAAAAGGACGUUUCAGAAGAUUGCGAUAUUUGGAAACUUCAGAAUUAAAAACAUCGGUUGAGGUCAUUAUUUUAUGUUGCAUUAUUCAUAAUAUAUGCAUCCUGAACAAUGAAGAUGUGCAAGAUUUUUUUGAAGACAAUCAUCAAGGACCUUAUGUGCCCCAAGGAAAUUUAGUCGACAAUCAGGCAGAAGGACUAAGGAAACGUGAUAAUAUUGCACGAAAUUUACCUUAAGUCUUGUCUUAAUUUGUCAUUACACAAUUCAAAA